UCUCAGGAUAAAUGUCCUUUUGGUAAAAAUCUAUGCUGCUCAGGAUUCGGGCUGACAACGACUUCUUUUUUUUUUUUUUUUUUUUUCAGCUUGUGGACUUUGUACACGCGUCCACAAAAACUUUUAACGCCAUACUCAUCCUAACUAUCGCCCCCCCCCCUAUAGCAGCACAUCGGGGGCUGCGACGCUCUGAUUGACAUCUAUGGCUUGAAAAUAUUUUACGUGGCAUAUAGACGGGCCAGCAGCCACGGCACCCUAACCAGUGGCAUCUGGGAGAAACCCUUCUUGAGGCUUUUUGAUUUUAUAUUUGAUUAUCGGGCGGUUGUGGCCUGUGAAUGGCUUGAUGAGUUAUGAGUUCGCGGUAAGUCAAUUUUCCUCCUACACGAUCCUGUCGAUACUAGGCUCGCUUAACCGCCUCGUCUGGGUACGCUCGCUUUAUCAAACUCAGGGGCAUCUUGGCCGUUUUGAAAGCCGGCUGGUGCUGUCGCCCCCUGGUAGUGUUCAUGGUGGAUCACUCGCGGAAUAUGGUAGUUGGCACAUAGCACCCUGCGGAGUUUGCCGGGCUUGCGGAACUGUCGGCGGGUUGGGGAUAGCAGUACGGACUGACUAGAAAAAGGGUGACUGUUGUUGCUUGGAAAGUAGCUGUACUAUACGAGUACGAGCAAGAUAUAAUAGAUAGGGCCGCGAGGGGUGCGAGAUAUCGCGAUAUGAGCUCGGAGGUUCGGCAAUUUUUGCAAGGUUGCCGUUUCUAGGGGAUUUUCCGGGAUGAACUGAGAGAUAAGCCUUCCUACCCGAGGGAUAAUUUCGGAUAUUGCGGUACGGUACUCAGGGGCUUCGGACAUGUCGUGGUAAGGUUAGAGUGUGCUGGCCAUCUGUCUGUGAUAGGCACUUUUUGGAUCCGAUAGGGUACUGUUUGGGCUUAGUCCACAGUUUAUCACUCAUACCUCGACCAAUGAUUUACUGAAAGCAUUUUCCGGGGAAAAAGGUGUGGUUUAACCUCACCAAGCUCAGUUAUAGGUAUACUAAGAAACAGCAUGUAAGUCAAUCACAAACUUGACCGAAAUUCCACUCAAACAAGGACAGGAAUGAUGUGACUAAUUCUGAAGGGUGAAAAUAAGGAAAUACCCCUACUACUAUCGUAUAUGCGUUCUCGUCCCCACCGCUAUUAAUGUAUCAAAAACAAAAAAUAUAAAAAAGGAAUGAAAAAAACUCAAAAUACAAGAGGAAGCUCUUCUAACUACCGGAUACUCGGGUGGCCUAGCUCAGAAGAAACAGGGUCUGCAAACUAGCGUACACUUAAAAUUCCCCAAUGUUAAAUACCCGCCCGUUGCAUUCACACUUACACUUCCCUUUCGAAACGGAAGUGUAGCUUGGAGCGGCGGUGGUGGGACUAGGACCCUUGGAAUUGGCUCCCGUUGGGGUGACCACGACGUCACCGUCCUCGACUGGAGGCGUCAUAAUUGUAAACAUUGCCGGGGAGGUGGUUGUUGGCUUGACGGCUGCGGGUGAGGAGGGGUUUGCGGCAGGAGCUGUGGUGGGUUGCUUUUUGACUGAGCUGGUGGGUGCUGACGUGCCGUAUGAGGAAACCAUUGAAGAUCCCGCACCCGAGCCUGAACCGGAUCCCGCACCCGAACCGGAUCCCGAGCCGGAGGAAU